AUGAGAAUUUUUUCAGGGUCCAAGACCCCAGAGUUUCCUACGCCUCCUAAGAUCUUUGCACAGGACGAUGCAUCAUCUGUUGGAUCAGGUAGUCCCAGGAGUCGUCGUAGCAGUUUUGUACAGGCGUUCUCCUCCCCUAGAAUUUUUUCCAACUCUAGUUCACCAGGAAUACCACCAUCAUUGCCACAAGAGAGUUCCAAUACGGAUAAUAUACCACUUGAAUUGGUACCUAUCGUCACUCUUCUGUCUGCUCAUGCCCACAGGAGGUACUGUGAAGGUGUUUUCCUGAUAUUAGAAGAUUUGAAGAGCGACGGUAAUCCGGGAUCUCGUAAAUGGAAGGAGGUCUACGGUAUGUUAGUGGGUACACAACUUGCUCUUUGGGAUGCCAAAGAGUUAGCAGCUUGUAAUACUAAAGAAUCCAAAUAUAAGUUGAAGCAAGUUACAUCGAAACCUGGCUACGUCAAUUUUGCAGAUGCUGCAGUUAAAUCACUAGAUGGUACCGAGGCUGUUGUCACUGAAAGUAACAAGAAACUAAAUAAUACUUUAGUGGUUUCUACGACACUAAAGAACCGGUACUUUCUGCAGUUCAAUGAUGAGGAUGCAUUAUCUGGUUGGAAUGCAGCCAUUCAAUUGAGUCUUUUCGAAUGUACUUCUUUACAAGAAGCUUAUACCGGGGCAUUUUUAUCAAGUAGAGGUGCACAGUUGGGUGAUAUUAAAACGUUGUUGGAUUCGAAAUUUGACUACGAAGAUUGGGUUAGUGUUAGAUUUGGUGCAGGGAUGCCCUGGAAAAGGUGCUUUGCCACUAUAACUCAACCCAAUAGUAGAAAGAAAAGCGCACUGGGACAAAUCAGUUUCUUCGAAAAUGAUAAAAAGACGAAGAAAAAUCAAGCAAUUGCCACUGUGGUUACUUCUGAGAGACUAUAUGCAGUAUACCCAUCUUCACCACAACUCAUUGAUAGUUCUACCAUUAUAAAAUUAGAAGGAAGUUUGAAAUUUGAGAAGAAAGAUAUGCCACAAGAGGCAAGCGUUUUCAUUAUGCCUGAAAAGCAUCAUGCAGUUCCUGGUUAUGAUACCACCAUUCGUUUUCUAAUUCCCGCUAUGAACGCCUUCAAAUUAUACGGUAGACCCAAAAAAUUAAUUGCCAAUAAGGACGAUCCCAAGUCUUUACUAUUUGGUCUCCCCACUUUGCCACAUGUACAUUAUCUGAAAGUGGAAGAGUUACUACCACUAUCCCGUUCGCCAGCUAGCGCCUCAUGGAGUUCUCACGAUUGGACUGAUAAUAUUAAAGAAAUUCUAACUAAUAAGAUGAGUAGCGGCUAUUCAGGUUGCGGUACUAGUGCUGGUGUUAUGGGAGCAAUAUCCUCACCUGCGAUUAGUUCUACACCUGUACUUGGGGGCUCUUCACCAUCACUGUUACCUGAAGUGAAACCUGAAAGAGUAGAGAAAACCAAUAAGGCGACGCUAUCGCCGGAUCAUAAAUUAACUUUACCCAAUUCUGGUUCAAUAAGUGACGACAAGAUGUUAAAUGCUAAACCAGAAGUGAUGAGCUCAAGAUCUAACAAUCUACUACAAGUUGGAGACAACAAGAAAAGUGAGAUCGAAUCAACAGCUGCUACUAGUAUCUAUAGCGAAGAUGAUAGCUCCAAAUCAAAAUCUCCAGGUAAGAAAUUCGGUAGAAUGGUCGAAAGCUACGAUACUUCACCUCUUAAAGACCCAGUUGCAAAUCAGGAAAACGACACCGGUGAUAACAAAUUGCAUCCAACAAGAAAUCCUACCAUUCAAUCACACAAAGAAUUGGACCACCUCUAUCAUAAAUAUUCAUUGCCACCAUUUGGUAAAAAUGCUGGACCUGAUACCUCCCCUCAAGUUGGUGAGCACUUGUUCGAUAAUCCUUAUAGGCAUCAUGGUGAUGACGGCAGUGGCAUGAGAGAAGUCACAGCUAACAUUAUAAAUGAAGAAACGGAGACUGAAGGAUUGAGUCCAGAGGAAUAUGAUAGUACCAAUGAAGAGGAAGACGCUUUCCAAGAAUUCAAUGAUUUGGCCAAAAGGAUCAACGAGUUAAACAUUGGAGCAGCACCAGGUCCCGAGAGAAGAGUACCACAGGAGAAAGUUUCACCGUGGGAUAAAGAGCCACCCAGUGCAGAUGCUACUCGUGGAGAUGAAGACAAUGUUUUUGAUCCUGAUUUUAUGGAGCAAAAUGAAAUGUUGGAAAUGGAUAGUAAACAUACAGGGAAUGAAAGUCUUUCAGAUGCUUCUUCCGAAGAUCCUUUCAACGGUGUAAAUGCCAGAGGAUUAGGACUUGAAACAGUUCCACCUUCAGGUCACAAUCAAAAUGUGAGCAAAUUACCACAACAGAAACCGGAUCCUGUCGAAGAUAUGAAUGCAAAGAACAUAAAUAACAAUUUGCCUCCCGCAGGUGCUGCUAACCCAUACGGGCAUGAACCAAGGACUACACCCCUAUCAAAUAUGCCCUAUGGCCAGAGACAACCUCCACUAACUAAUUAUCCCCCUCAACCCAUGAUGAAGCAGGUUGGCGGCUUCCCUUCUUACAACUACCCUCCACAACAAAGUCACCACAGAAAAUACCCCAACCCUAAUCACCACCGUCCUCAUGUAUACGGACCUCCACGGCCAUAUCCAAUGAAUGGAGUACCCAAUAGAAACUAUGUGAAUGGGUUCCCUCCUCAACAGAGGAUGCAUCCAGGAGUAAUGGGCCCCAACCAACAAAUGUAUCCUUAUGGUGGAAGAGCUGGUCCUUAUCCGCCACCAGGACAACACAAACCACCAGGACAACCAAAACCACCACCAACCAAAGCAAAAAAUGCAAUGGAUAAUGGGUUCUCUAGAUUCAUGCCUUCAGCUACAGUGAAUCCAUAUUCCAAGUAA